AUAUCGGACAAUGAAGAGCUCGCUUGGACGGCGAAGCUUUACUUGUUACUUAUCUCGUCUGCCGUGGGAAUCUUUGCUGCGCUCAUCAUCGCAAUCGUUCCAUAUUCCUGGGCCAGCUUCCGACCGAAGAAUUUCCCACCAGGUCCCAAACCAGUUCCCUUCCUAGGAAAUCUGAAUUUGAUUCCUGCUUCAAAGUCAUUUGCACUCUUUCACCAGUGGACAUCAAAGUACGGUCCAAUAAUAGGUCUCAAAUUCGGGCCGGCAAACGUUGUAGUUUUGAAUAAUUGGAGGGAUGCCCACGAACUUCUCGAGAAGCGAAGCGCAAUCUACUCAUCCCGACCCCCGAAUUACAUCGCGAACGAGCUGAUCUGCAAAAGACAAACACACAUCCUCUUCACCCCCUACGGAAGUGAAUUCAAAGCUCUCCGCAAAUCAACCCAGGGCCUUUUUGCACCCCGCGAACUCGCAGCUGUGCUCCCUAUUCAACAGGCAGAGGCCGCUCAGACCGCAUACGAUAUCCUCCGCGAGCCGGGGCAAUACUACGAGCACAUCCAGCGAUAUACUACUGCAGUGAUUCUCGCAUCUGUGUACGGGCAGAGAGGCGAGACUUUCGAUUCUCCAAACAUCCAAGCUCUCUACGAUGUUCAGAACCGCUUUACUGCGCUCUUGGAGCCGGGUGCAGCCCCGCCAGUUGACGGGAUGACAUUCUUGAAGCAUAUUCCCGAGUUCCUCGCUCCGUGGAAGCGGAUGGCAAGAGAGAUAAGACGUGAUCAACGAGAAAUUUACUUCAGACUCUACAACGGGACCAAGGAGCGAAUGGGGCGAGGGAUUAGAGUUGGUUGUUUCAUGGAGAAGCUUAUCGACGAUCAGGCGAAGAAUAUUAUGGAUGACGAACAUACUGCAUACCUGGGUGGUGUUUUUAUGGAAGCUGGGUCCGAUACAACUUCGUCUACACUUUUAUCGUUUCUUCUUGGUAUGGUUGAGAAUCCUGUCGCGCUAAAGCGUGCUCAGGAAGAUGUGGAUGCGGUUUGCGGCUUGGAACGGUCGCCGACUUUAGCUGAUCUGGAAAGUCUACCGUAUAUCGAAAGCUGCAUGCAUGAGAUACUUCGCUGGAGACCAGUUGCAGCUGGUGGAAUUCCACACAUGCUCACGCAAGAAGACUCCUAUAAAGGCUACAACUUCCCCGCGGGAACCAUUUUCUUCGCCAACACCUGGGCCAUCCACCACGACGAAAACGAAUAUGACGAUCCCGACACUUUCAAUCCCGACCGCUGGCUCGGAGGAAACACGUACGGAACCAAGGACAGCAUCAAAAUGGCACCAAAUGAGCAGCGCAAAACGGCUUAUGGCUGGGGCGCUGGACGCAGAAUUUGCCCUGGCCAGAAACUCGCAGAGACUUCGUUGAAGAUUAAUAUUGCAAAGUUGGUAUGGGCUUUUGAUAUUGAGCGAGAUGUGUCUGCAAGCUCGCCUGAUAUUUCGGUCGAUACGGGGUACGAAGGUGGAUUCUUGAUUUGUCCUAAAAGAUUCCCUCUCAAGAUUACGCCCAGGAGUGAGGCCCACGCAGAUAUAAUUCGGCGUGAGUUUGAUGGGAUGAAGGAAAUGUUUGCGCGGUUGGCUAAUUGA